AUGCUCUCCGUCGGACAAAUCGAUCUAUCGCGCGAUGACAAUGAUUUAUGUCUGCAAAAGACGCGUUUAGGCUGGAUAAUUAUUGGAAGCACGACCACUCACAAACCUUCGAAAUUUUCGAGCUGUCACUUAGUUAAUUUAGAAGAAUUAUUAACGCGGUUUUGGGCCAUCGAAGGUAGUAAUGACGAUAAGCCAAGAUCAAAAGAAGAAGCGGAGUGCGAGGCACGCUUCGUAGAUUCCGUUACACGUGAUAAAUCGGGACGCUAUACAGUCCGUUUGCCAUUUCGGAAGAGCGAUCAAAAUUUAGGAAAUUCGCGGCCCGGAGCGAGUAAACGUUUAAUAGCUUCGGAACGCCGACUUAACGCGGACGCGGCGCUGAAUACCGAAUACACUCGCAUAUUCGAAGAAUAUUUAGAAUUAGGACACAUGUCGCCAGUAACGAAUACAAACGAUGACGGAUACUACAUGCCGCAUCACCCGGUUAUAAAAGGUUCCAGUCAUACGACCAAGGUUAGAAUCGUGUUCGAUGCCUCAACCACCACGAGUAGCGGCCUUUCUUUGAACGAUAUGUUAAUGGUCGGCCCCACCAUACAGGACAAAUUAUUCACCCAUUUAAUCAGAUUUCGCUCGUAUAAAUACGUUGUCACCGCGGACAUAGAAAAAAUGUACCGUCAAGUAUUAGUACAUGAAAAUGAUCGCCGGUAUCAGCGAGUGCUCUGGCGUAGAGGAGGGAAAAUCGAAACUUUUCAGCUCAAUACCUUAACAUUCGGAGUAUCCUCGUCGCCAUUUCUCGCCAUACGUACGAUUCAAAAACUCGCGGAGGACGAACGUGCAUCUUUCCCUAAGGCGGCCGAAAUCCUAAAGAGUCACUUAUACGUCGACGACUUGCUAACCGGGGCUAAUUCUAUCGAUGAAUGUCGUAACAUACGCGACCAAAUUAUCGCCCUACUCGCGGCUGGCGGGUUUUCAAUAAGACAAUGGGCCUCGAAUGAUGCGCGAAUAAUUAACGAUUUAGAUACACGAUCACAACAUGCGAAUUUCAUUUUUAAGAUAGAUUCCGCGUUAAAAACGUUGGGCAUAUCGUGGAAUACGCGCGAAGAUAAGAUUUGCUAUUGCGCUAAACCAAUCGAAGUCGCGGAGAAGUUAACGAAACGAAAAUUACUGUCGGAAAUUGCCAAAAUAUUCGAUCCGCUCGGUUUGCUCGGCCCAGUAAUUCUUCAUACAAAAAGGAUAAUGCAAGACAUAUGGCGGUCGGGGUUAGAUUGGGACGAAUCCGUUCCGCAGAGCAUGCAUACUGAAUGGCAAGAGUUUGCGCGACAAUUCGACGUAAUUAAUCAAUUCGCCGUCGAUCGUAAUUUAGUCAUAGAUGAAAAUUGCGGAUAUCAGAUUCACGGAUUUUGCGACGCGAGUAACGUCGGUUACGGAGCUGCUAUUUACAUACGAUCUGAGGACCGUCGAGAUCAAGUCGCCGUCCGACUAUUAUGCGCCAAAUCACGGGUCGCUCCCUUGAAGACAACAACGAUACCACGUCUCGAACUAUGCGGCGCACUAUUACUCGCUCAACUAGUACAAGAGAUUCCUCGAGCCUUCUCAAGGGCCCCGAAUAAAAUCGCGCUCUGGUGCGAUUCUACUAUAGUUUUGCACUGGAUAAAAACUCCAUCUAACGUGCUUAAAACAUUCGUCGCGAAUCGGGUGGCCGAGAUACAGACUCUCACCGACGCGGGCGAUUGGCGUCACAUUAGAUCUGAAAAUAAUCCGGCCGACGCCUUAUCCAGGGGACAGUUGCCUCACAAUUUCAUGCGAAACAAAACCUGGCUGACGGGCCCGUCGUGGCUAAUCGAACGCGAGCACAAGUGGCCUUGCAUAGCGAUGCGGCCAAUCGAAAUUCCGGAAGUCAAGCAAAACUCGUGUUUAGCUACAAUAGUUUAUGAUGAGACUAUUCUAAGGGCGUAUUCGUCGUAUGCGAAGUUAUUAAGAAUCGUGGCAUACUGUUGUCGUUUUUUGCACUCACAGAAGUAUUCCGGCCCGUUAUGCGUAGAGGAAAUCGAGGUGGCCGAAACGCGCGUGUUAAGGCUUUUACAAUCGAUUGGCCUUCCGAACGAGUUCAAACAUGUAAAAAAUAAAGCACCUGAGUCUCGCAGGCAUAAAAUCGAUCGAUUAAAUCCAUUCAUAGACGGAAACGGCCUAAUUCGAGUAGGGGGACGUAUCAGUUUAUCUGACGCAUCAUUCGACCAAAGGCAUCCGAUAUUACUUCCGAGCUAUCAUCCAGUCACAGAUAACAUUAUAAGAGAGACCCACGCGAAGCAUUAUCAUGCGGGCAUACAAAUGACAUUACAUCUUAUUCGACAAAAAUUUUGGUUACUCGACGGACGUAAUCAGGUGAGAAAAGUCAUACGCACUUGCCAUCGGUGCUUUCGUUUCUCCGCAGUUCCCAACGAAUACAAAAUGGCCGACCUCCCGCAGUCUCGUGUUCGCGAAGCGGUUCCUUUCACGAAAACGGGAAUAGACUUUUGCGGCCCAUUUUACAUCAAAGAAAGAAAGGUUCGAAACAGAGCGAAAAUUAAGGUCUACAUCUGCGUGUUUAUCUGUUUCACUAUAAAGGCCAUACACCUCGAGGUCGUAAGCGAUUUAACCACUGACGGAUUUAUAGCGGCGUUGCGGCGUUUUGUAGCUAGACGAGGGAUGCCGGAGCAUAUCCAUUCGGACAAUGGUACCAAUUUUGUAGGCGCGAAUAACAAAUUGAAAGAAAUGUAUGCCCUCCUAAAUUCCGACACACAUAAGGAACACGUGGCUAAAUUCGCGAAUGAUCACCGAAUCACAUGGCACUUCACGCCACCAUAUGCUCCCCACUUCGGGGGAUUGUGGGAGGCGUCGGUUAAACUCUUCAAACAUCAUUUUAAACGGGUGGUUGGAGACAGUUUGUUUACGUUCGAGGAGCUCAACACCCUUGUCGUAGAGAUCGAGGGGAUAUUGAAUUCCCGACCGAUCACGCCUUCAUCUUCGGAUCCGAACGACUUACUGGCGUUAACGCCUGCGCACUAUUUGAUCGGUCGAGCGACCAUGGCUCUGCCGGAAGCCCGACUGACGGAAAUUCCCACCAACCGCCUGUCCACCUGGCAGCACAUUACCAAGGUCCGCUAG